AUGGCUCAGUCAAUGGUUUGUCAUGUUAUGUUAGUUGUGAUAUUCAUACUGGUGGCUCUUACUGAGGCACAAACUCCACCAGGAAUUAACAACCCUAGCCAUGCAACUUGUAAGGACCCGAGUUACAAAGAAUGUCAUAACUUGGUGCAUGUUUGUCCUAAGUUUUGUCCAGAUAGCUGCACUGUUGAUUGUCAAUCGUGCAAACCUGUUUGUGGUGGCGACAUUGCACCAUCACCACCGGUGUACACACCUCCAACACCAACACCUUACUCACCACCUCCCACCCCUCCUUCUCCAGCAGUAGAUCCCACACCUCCAACACCAUCCUCACCACCACCCACCACCACCCCUUCACCACCAACAGAGUCCACACCUCCAACACCAACACCAUCCACACCCUCUCCCACAACCCCAUCACCACCGGAAGAGUCCACACCUCCAACUCCAACACCAUUCUCACCACCUCCAACCACCCCUGCACCACAAAAAGAGUCGACACCACCAACACCAUCCUCACCUGCACCUCCUACAUGGUCAACUCCACCUUCGAAACCAAAGAAAGUCAAGUGCAAAAACAACAACUACACAAAAUGUUACGCCUCCGAGCAUGUCUGCCCUGCUUCUUGUCCUGGUCAAUGUGAAGUUGAUUGUGUUUCUUGCAAGCCAGUUUGCAAUUGCGAUAUGCCUGGAGCAGUGUGUCAAGACCCUCGAUUCAUUGGAGGUGACGGCAUCACUUUCUACUUCCAUGGAAAGAAGGAUCAAGAUUUCUGCCUUGUUGCAGAUAACAACCUCCACAUCAAUGGCCACUUCAUUGGCAAGAGAAACAAAAACAUGGGAAGAGACUUUACUUGGGUCCAAUCAAUCGGGGUUCUUUUCGACAACCACAAAGUACAAAUCAGUGCUCAAAAGACUUCUUCUUGGGAUGACACCGUUGACCGUAUCUCUGUCAUAUUUGACGGGGAAAACAUCUUUCUCCCAACAAGCGAAGGUGCCAAAUGGCAAUCUUUUACGACAUCAAUCACUAGGAUUCAUGACACCAACCAUAUCGUUGUUGAAGUUGAAAACCUCUUCAGGAUCACAGCCAAGGUGGUUCCAAUAACAAAUGAAGAAUCACGAAUCCAUAACUAUGACAUAACCAAUGACGAUUGCUUUGCUCAUCUUGAUCUCAAGUUCAAAUUCUUCUCCUUGAGUAACGAAGUGGACGGAGUUCUGGGACAGACUUAUAGGAAUAACUAUGUGAGCAAGGUGAAGAUGGGGGUGUUGAUGCCUGUGAUGGGAGGAUAUAGUAAGUUUGUGAGUACAGAUUCAUUUGCGACUGAUUGUUCGGUUGCUAAGUUUAAGAGCAGCGAGGAAGACGGUUCCUUACUGAACUUGCAGUUGCCAAGCUUGAGCUGCCAAAGCGGUAUAGAUGGGCGAGGCGUCGUAUGCAAGAGAUAG